CCAAUUCCUCUUUCAUCUGAACUCCUUGCCCACCCUUCAAUUAAACCUGUGCACGUGUCUUGCUAUUCAAUCAUGGUGUUGAUCAAUGAGCAAAAUGAAGAAACUCAUGUGCUAAUGGUGGCCUUUGCCUCUCAAGGUCAUAUCAACCCUUUGCUUAGACUAGGAAAACGCCUCGUCUCCAGGGGCCUCCAUGUCUCCUUAGCCAUCACUGAAAUAUUCCUGCACCGUAUGCUCAAGUCUUCAUCCUCCUCCUCCUCCUCCACUAGCAUCAAUUCCAUCUCCGGAAUCCAGCUACUCUUCUUCUCUGACGGCUUUAGCAUCGACUAUGACCGUAAGGCCAAUCUUGACCACUACGUGGAGACCCUAGGCAAAGCCGGACCGGUUAACCUCUCAAACCUUAUCAAAGAUCAUUUCCAUCGGAAUCACAAGAAGCUUUCUUGUAUUAUAAAUAAUCCAUUUGUGCCCUGGGUAGCCAACGUUGCCCUUGAGCACAACAUUCCAUGCGCCAUGCUAUGGAUUCAACCGUGUGCUCUCUAUGCAAUUUACUACCGCUUUUAUAACAACCUCAACCCCUUUCCUAAUCUAGCAAACCCAGAAAUCAGUGUUGAAUUACCGGGCCUGCCGUUGUUACAGAUACAAGACCUACCUUCCUUUGUUCUUCCUUCAAACCCAUUUGGUAGCGUUCCGAAGCUAUUUGCGGAGAUGUUCCAAAACAUAAAGAAGCUGAAGUGGGUUCUGGGUAACUCCUUUUUUGAGCUUGAGAAGGAAGCCAUUGAUUCCAUGUCUGAGCUCUGCCCAAUACUACCUGUUGGUCCUUUAGUCCCUCCUUCACUGCUUGGUGAGGAUCAAAAUGUUGAUGUCGGUGCUAUCGAUAUGUGGCAACCUCACGAAACUUGCAUGGAGUGGCUCGACCAUCAACCACCCUCUUCAGUUAUCUACGUUUCCUUCGGCAGCAUCAUCGUGUUGUCUGCAAGGCAUUUGGAGAGCAUUGCAACAGCCCUCAAGAAUUCUAAACGUCCAUUUCUUUGGGUGGUUAAGGUCUCUGAAAACCCAACGCCAGACGGUGCCGGAGUACUGCCGACCGGGUUUCUGGAAGAAACAAAAGACCAAGGCCUUAUCGUGGCGUGGAGUCCUCAAACAAAGGUUUUAGCCCACCCCGCUAUCGCGUGCUUCUUAACACAUUGCGGGUGGAAUUCCAUGCUAGAGGCCAUAGCUGCAGGGGUGCCGUUGAUUGCAUACCCGCAGUGGACCGACCAGCCAACAAAUGCAAAGCUUAUUGUUGAUGUUUUAAAGGUUGGUGUGAGGCUUAGGCCGGAAAGCGACGGAGUUGUCACAACCGAGGAAGUUGAAAAAUGUAUCGCAGAAAUUAUGGCUGGGCCGAGAUCAGAAGAAUUUAAGAAAAAUUCCGAGGAGUUCAAACGGGUGGCUAGGAUGACGGUGGCUGACGGCGGCUCCUCGGACCUGAAUUUGAAUGUUUUUGUGGACGACGUUAUUGGCAAUUCAUGUAGGAGCUCGUCCAAAGAAAUUGUGUCCGAUGUGUCUGCAGCCGUGGAGGAGUAGUAGUGCUGCACAAAAAUGCUGUCCAAUCGGUCUGGUAGGGCCAUUUAAUGGAACGACAAUAAUUUUAGCAUGAAGUAUGCAGGAUAAACUUGCAAAUGCAACUAGCUAUUAAUAUCCUUUCGUAAUAAUAAUAAUGUGGCCAUGAAUCAUUAUGUGAAUGCUGCCAUGCAGCAUAUAAACCGCAUGGUUUUUAACUUUCUUCUU